CAACCCUCGGGCCACCUGCCGGCUGCGCUGCCCGCGGGCGCCCGGCGGACGCGCAGGGGGACCAUGCCGCGCUCCUUCCUGGUGAAAACGCACUCCAGCCACAGGGUCUCCAACUACAGGCAGCUGGAGACGCAGAGAGAAAUUAAUGGCGCCUGUUCUGCCUGCAGGGGGCUGGCGGUGCCCCUCCUCCUCCCAGACAAGGCGGCCUCUUCCACCCCUGGUGACCCUCCCCUGCCGUGGGACCGCACCUCUGCCGUCUGCCCCAUCUCCCUGCCCCUUCCGCGUACUGAGGAAGCUCGGGGGGCCUCCGGGCCAGACCCCCUGGAAGGCAGCCGGGCGGACCUCUGGACCGGCCGGGCCCCCAGCGAGCCUCUCAAAGACAGCCUGAACCACCUCAACCUGCCCCCGCUGCGGGUUCCGCCCACGCGGUGGCCCCCGAUCGCGGGCCCGGACGGGGGCCAGGCUCCAGACAGACUCCAGGCGGCCCCGGGGGGCCUCGGGCGCCCGCACUGCCACAAGCCCUGCCACCUGCGGGCGCCCCGCUGCUUCACCUGCAGGUUCUGUGACAAGGAGUACGCCAGCCUGGGUGCCCUCAAGAUGCACAUCCGCACGCACACGCUGCCCUGCCUCUGCUCUGUGUGCGGCAAGGCCUUCUCCAGGCCCUGGCUGCUGCAGGGCCACAUCCGGACCCACACAGGUGAGAAGCCGUACACCUGCUCACACUGUGGCAGGGCCUUCGCCGACCGCUCCAAUCUCCGGGCCCACCUGCAGACACACUCGGACACCAAGAAAUACCAGUGCAACAGCUGCGCCAGGACCUUCUCCCGCAUGUCGCUCCUGGCGCGGCACGAGGAGUCUGGCUGCCGCCGCGGCCCCUGACGGGUGCGGGCUCAGUGCCGGCGGGAGGGACAGGACCUCACCCCUCUCGGCACCCGUGAUGCCCAGCGAGCCCGGCCCCACGCUCGGUCAGUGGGUUCCUCCUCUCCCCGCCGGCCACCCACUUCCGUCCAGGGCCAGAGCCGCCCGCAGGCUGUUAGGGCGACUGAGGGAAGACCGUCACGGCGGCGUGAGCCACCAUUCCCUGACUUGCCCUGGUUUCCGGUUCUCUUCUCCCAAGAGAAAAGGCGGCUGGGGGUGGCUACCAGCUGGGCCAGCUCCUGCCACUCGGCCUUCGUGGGCACGGCCACCACAGGCUCACCUCCGCCUGCCUGCGCGCACGCACGCGACACUGGGUGUCCCGACGCAGAGCCAGGGCCCCGUCCCCAAGCACAGGGCAGUGAGGAGCCUGGCACCCCUGCCUGUCACGUCCUCUGAGACCCCAGGUCCUGCCUGGUGCCCUGGGUCUGCGGAAGAGGCCGAGCCCGGAGUAAUUACCCAGAUUCCUGGGUAAUUUGGGCCUCUGGCCACGGAGCAAGGGAGGCAAAGUGUAGGGACGGGGAGCGGGGAGGUGGGUGGCGACACUCCAAGCAGGUGAGCAGGGCCACCUUCUUUGGGAACAAGGAGACCGGAAAUGGGGACAGCCUUAUACAGGGAGGGAGAGCGGCCGUGGGGCGUAGAUACGCCGGGGGUGAGACUGUGAGGGCAGAGCUGGGGAGAGUGAGGCCCAGGGAAGAGGCCAGCCGGGGGCCGUGUGUGUCUGCGUCGGCAGGGUGCUCACAAGAGAACCCAGUCCUGGGUCUGCACACGUCUCCACCGAGACCACCGUGUCCACAACCGCCCGUGGCACCGUCGCCCCUUCUCUGCCCGCCCUCUCCCGAGGCCAUAGGCGUCCACAGCGGAGGGAGUGGGUGCUGCCUGAGACACAUGCCUCCUGAACCGACUCAGAUGCCAACAGGAGUCCCCUCCCCAGCAUCCUGCCCCCGAGUGCGGCCUCUGCCCACCCCCAGGCCCCCAGGAUGUCACCUGCUGGGCUGGGCCUCGAUCUUGCUAGCAUGUCUUAGUGUCUCCGGCCUGCCCCUGGAGGGCAGCCCGAGUCUAAUGGGGACUGACUGAGUUCUUGAUGCCCGGAGGGGACAGCCGCCCCACUUCUGGCCCAGGCUGAGGGACAAAGUUAGGCUCCUGUUCCUGGCCCUGAGUGGGGGCCACAGGGCAAGCGGCAGAGGCCGCAUGUCGGCCCUGGGCCUCGCAGACCCACUGAAGCACAUUCACCAGCUCGCUGCUGGGCCACGCGGCACCUGUAGAUCCUGCCCGAGGCUCCUUGGGGUGAAAGGGCCUGCGUGGCUGGUUUGAUAACGGCCAUCGGAGGGGCCUUGGGGACAUCCCAGAGGAAACCUGACCGUGAUGUGGGGCUUCUCUGGACCAAGGGUGACCUCGACGAAACUGGCCACCCAGGAGGGCCGUGGCUCCGGGAUACAGCAGAAUAGAUCAGCGGGUGCAGUGAAGACGUUUGCUGGGGAAGCCACGCUCACAUUCCCAGGCCUGCACCUGGCCACCCCUCUGCGGGGACCUGCCAUCCCUCGAGAGACAGACAGUGCGAACCAGAUGCUUAGCUUAUAGGUCAGCGGGCUGUGACUCCCAUAACAAAGCCCCAUGCACCAUGCGGCUUAAACCACAGAGAUGUACUCCCACACUCUGGGGGCCAGAAGUCAGGGCCCCAGGUGCCACAGGGCUGGUCCCCUCGGGGGCCGGCCUCUCUCUCUCUCUCUCUCUCUCUCUCUCUCUCUCUCUGUCUUGGCUCCUGCUGGUUUGUGGGCAUCUUUGAUGUUCCUUGGCUGGUGGACACAUCACACUUCUCUGCCUCCACCUCCCAUGGCUUCUCCCUGCGUAUGUGUCUGUCUCUGUGUCCAAAUUUCCUCAGUUUGUGCGGACACCAGUCCUACGGGGUUAGGACCCCCCCUUAAUGGCCCCAUCUUAACUCGAUUACCUGAAAAAACCCUGAUUCCAAAUAGGGUCAGGAUUUCAACAUAUGAACCCACAGAGUGGAGGACACCAUCCCCCCCCCCCAACAGUUGAUGUGAACACAGUUUGCCAAGAGAUGCCCAGUGGGUCCCUGUGCUUGGGCUGAAGGAUGAAGGACAGCAGAGUGGAUUCCUCUGUCCCCUUGGUCCACAAAGGAUCAAGGGGGGCGGUCAAUUUUAACUGACGGGCCCACCGGCAAACACCUCCUGUGCCUGUUCCCACUUCCUGUCCAUCAUCCCAACCAGGGGCCCUGCCCUAGCAGGGUGGUCCUCCCUCCCAUCGGUCUCCCGAAGAGCUGGGCUCCUCUGUUGAGUGGGUCAAGCCAGCGUUCUGGCCCAUAUCCGGCCAUCUCACAGGAGGGCUUUUUUUUUUUUUUUUUUAAAUAGCAUCCAGAUGCCCGAAGGAAGCUAUAUUGUAAAUUGUGUUCUAUUCCUGGGCCCUGAUAGCUAAAUGAGGCGAUGCACCUGUUGGGUAUGAAGGGAGGGAAUUUCACGGCCCUAAAAUAAAGUCAAAUGCUUGCCCUUC